AUGGCCUCAUCACCCCCGCGUCAUAAACGCCGCAAGGCCUCGUGCAAGGAGUUCCAGUGCAACCACGAAGGCUGCGGGAGGACCUACUCGCGAGCGGAGCAUCUUCAGAGGCAUCAGCUUAACCAUUCACCCAAGGAGAUCUACUACUGCGACUACCCGGGUUGCUCAUUCACCUUUGUCAGGAAGGAUCUCUACGCGCGCCACAAGCUGAGGCAUGAGCGCCAGGUGCAGCAGUAUGGGAAUGGUCGGUUAUCUCAACGGCCGCAGAGGGAGUUUUCAAAGGCGCCGAGGGAACGCGCUGAGAGGUACUCAUUUAGUGAAGAUGGAUCUGCCUGGAGCGACACUCAAGACGAGGCGAGGGAAACGCCAGCAAAUGAAAAGCAGCCUGCCAGGAACAGACACUCACUGGACGCAGGUGGCGUCGAUCCAAGCUCGCAAAAGGCUGGUGUAGGAGGUUCGGCACAGCCGGAGUCGGCUCAGCAGAACGAGGCAGGCGAGGCCGCUGGUUACUUUGGGGACCAACGACAACUUCAGAGCCGCGAAUCUUCACCGGAAAAACAAUCCAUGGGCACAGUUCCGUUUAGGAUGGACCAGAUGCCAGGCGCCGACAUGUCAAUGCCCAUGGCGAGUCCUGGGUUACCAGGCCGGCCUGAGCGCAUGAGGAACCAGUCCUAUGUUAUGGCAAAUGGAAUGCCGACGUCGAGCACCGAGCAACUUAUCGAAGAGCAGCCUUUUGGAUUAUCGCCAUCCAGCACCGACGAAUUUACCUCUUGGCUGUUCAACGGCCAGGGGUUGGCUUCGAAUUACAACUUUGUACCUGGUGGCAACCUCGGGAUGGCGGGAUACUCAAACAACUUUGGUCAACUAUGCCCGGAUUACUCGCAGCCGGGAAUGAUGGGAGGAUCCUAUGUCGAACCCAUGAAUGGCCUCUGGUUCCAGUCAGAGCCUAUGCCUAUGGCCACGCCGAUUGUGGAUAUUUCGCAGAUUGGAAAGACUGGGCUUUCGGAGCAUAAGCGACAGUCUCUGCUUCAGUACAUGAUGCAGAGAUUCAACGAGAUCGGUUCACAGGGUAAUAGAUCGGCCGCAGACAUCAAGAACGAGAUUUUUGGCAGCGACAGCGACGCUGACUCCCAUGUCCUCAGCCAUCUCAAUGUUCAACGAUACAUCAACUCGUACUGGGAAAACUUUCACGACCAGUUGCCUAUCCUGCAUCAUCCAACGUUCAUACCGGAGACGGCCCACGAUUUCCUCUUAUUGGCCGUGCUGAUCAUGGGAGCGUCCAUGCUUGAGAAGAAGGCUGCCUUGCCAGAGAACGCGGACAAAAUUUCAAAGUUCACCACCUUUGUCUCGUGGAAUCUCCGCUGGCAGGUCUUUAUGCACGCCGACUCUCAUCCACCGGCCAAGCUCUGGGUUAUUCAAACACUUCUCAUCCUCGAGGUGUAUGAAAAGAUGAACGCAACCCGGGUUCUUCAUGAACGUGCUCACAUUUACUUCCCCACGACGCUGUCCCUCAUGCGUAGAGGAAGCGCCCUGACCGGCAAGCAGUCCUCCUACACCUCUCGAGUCCAAACUCCCAUGGGCAGUCCAAAGCUUGGCCAGCCUAGGCUAUUCCCUGGGCCUGAUCGAAGAGGAUUUGAUUCCUCACCUGAAAAGUGGUGGGAUCAUUGGAUUGCUCAAGAAGCCACUCGACGAGCAGCCUUUGCUGCGUUUAUCAUCGACGCCACCCACGCCGCCUUGUUUGGGCAUACACCCACUUUGGUGAUCCACGAGAUCAAACUUCCACUCCCCUGCGACAACACUCUUUGGUCUUCCGACUCACCGUCCGAGAUUGGCUGUGUCGAAUCGAGCUUACACGCUAACGGCGUAACACCAAUAACCUUCCUCGAUGGGCUUCAAAAGACUCUCAACGGCCAGAAAGUGCGGACGAGUUCCUUUGGCAGGAUGGCUCUUCUUGCUGCAUUGCUUUCUGUCACAUGGCAGAUGCAUCAGCGAGACCUCGAUCGGGGUACUCUCGGUACUGACACAAUCCCGGGUGUUCAAGAACGAUGGCGGCCAAAGUUGUUGCGAGCAUUUGAUUGGUGGAAAAAGGACUACGACGAUGGUGUUGCUCAUGUUCGGCAUGCGGCCUUUGACUGGCAGAGACUGGGGCUGAGCAGCCGAGGUGGAAGUGAUGAUGGUGAUGCAAUGGAAACUCUGGGGACUGUUCUCUACCACCUGGGCCACAUUACCGUUUACAUCAGCAUGCCGGAGCUGUGUAUCUUUGCCGGUGUUACGCAGAUCCUUGGCCGUACUGUUUCGUCUGUCGACUGGAGGAGGACAGAGGCCAAGAUCAAGGAAUGGGUGGCCUCCCCUGGAGCCAUUGGUGGCGUGUACCAUGCCCUGCAGCUGAUCAGGCUCAUCCUGCUCCAGGAAGAGACCCCCAGGCGAAGCACUAUGGGUGAAUCAGGUGGAAUGUCCUCCGUUUUCACCCCAUCCCCUUAUCCCAAGUACGAUGCUGCACAGGACAACCUGCUCAUUCGUGCCUGGGCUCUAUAUUACGCGUCCCUGGUGCUAUGGGCUUACGGAUACGUGCAGGACGGAAAUAUCGAGCCGUUCCCCGACAACCUGCACUAUCCAUCCAGCACUCUGGCUGUACCGCAGAUGGCCGCGGAGCCAAGCAUGCAGUCAUCGUCGAACCAAGGAACGACGCAAGCUAGUAACCCCAGUGCCGACACGCCUCAAGGAUCUCACUCUGAGCAACCAUCCAUGUCGAUGAGUCCUGACUACGAGGCGCUGAAGCGUGAUCGCCACGAGGACCUGCGGACCUAUCUACAGAUCAUGAUCCCGCCGACGAUUGAUUCGAUCAAGGCCUUCCACCUGCACCAGAACCAAGCCGGUGUGGUCGGCAACCGGAACAAGAUCAUUGGGCUCCUGAGCGUCGUCGACGAUGCCUUGUCCAACACAAAGUGGGAGCUUUUAACCGAGGCGAGACACAGGUUGAAGAUGGCAGCGUCUAUGAUGCAACAGCCUAGAGAACCGAGGAUGUAA